AGAAUAUUGAAUGUAUUCCUAAACUAAGAGGAAGGAAUGUAUUAAAAUGUAUUUAGGGCUUCUGGACUAAAGUAUCACCAUUUAAAUCUACUCGAAAGAAACAAACUAACUCAUGGAUGAGUAGAUCUUGUUUCUAGCUUUUAUAGGCUCUUCAUGUUCAAUUUUGUUAUAUUAUGAUAGCUGAUCCCUCAGUAUUUGCUAAAUAUUUUGUCAUAAACAUUAUGUGUGGAUGCUUUCAGUUGAAGGCCAUAUUCCACAUGAUCCCACUGAAGUGUGUUUUUGAAAGGAGAAUUUGGAGAAAGUCUUACUCUUCAUUAUUUCUGUAUGAAGUUUCUAAUGUUAAAACUAGAAGUUUCACCCAUCUGGUUGUUGAAUAUGACUCACCCAGAGUUGUCUGUAUCGUUGCAGAGCAAUAGGUUAUUAAGUGUUCUAAGAUAAUUGAGAAAUGGAAAAUCAAGUGGCUGACAUUCAUUAACAGAAGAGCAGGGAAGAAAGAGCUCUAAGAAAAGCUGAGACGGAGGCAACCAAGGCAGAAAAUAUGAUUGCGUACAAGGAUGAAAUCUUUUCAAGUCCCAAAAGGACCUGGUUUGUAACAGAGAGAGAGAGAAAAUGCUAGCAGCGAAGCAGUCAUAGGUUAGGCUCUGGAAACGAGGUGAUGAGCGCACAGCAAGCUGAAGACCUUAAAUGAAGGAAAAGAGGAAGCGAGAGCGAGAGAAAGAUUUACCCUGUAAAAAGCGUCGAAAACUACAAGCAGCCAGAGAGAUGCUAGAGGAUGAAGAUCUAGCUGAGAAACCAGAAGGAAGUAGAAAAAAUAAGAAGGGAAAUACUGGACUAUCAUUAGUCGAUCUGGGUUACCGUCGGGUGAAGGCAGCGGAGGCUGUGAAGAAGGCAUUGGAUGCUGGCAAGAUUGUGCAGAAGAAAGCUGGUAAGAAAUCAAAGCCGCCUCCUGAAAGAACUCAAUCAAGGAGAGAAGAAAUGCGGAACCUGUUCCAGAGGGACAUGAGUGAGAGAAAGCAGAAGAGAAAUAGUGGAACAAGAAACAGGAAGUCCAAGAAUUCAUUUAAGAGAAAAUCAAGGUAUAAGCCGAGGUAGCCCUAUCAAGUUUGCCAUCAAAUUAUGCGGUCAUUUACCUCAAUAAAUUAUGAAGGUUCUAUACUUUAGCUGUGCUGAUUUUGGAGGAGAGGCAGGCAGAUACUAACCGUUGAUGGUAAGAAAGCAAAAGCAUCCAUACAAAUGAAGCGUUCAUUAUCUCCCUUGAUGUUUCAACUUACCAUCCUGUAUUUCCUUUUCCCAGCAUCAAUAGGUGACAUCAAACCCUAUUAACAAAUGCUUUCCUGGGUUGAUUUAUAGAUUGCAAUAUGCUGGCUGUUUGCCACAGAGUUUUGAUCUGUUAUGCUGCCUUGUGGAAAAAAAUGGUCUCUCGGCUCGCUGGCCUCUUCUGACUAGGGUUUAGUUUCUUGAUUAUUAUUUCUGAGAAAAAAUGUAACUUUACUUACCUUGCAUGCUGGAGUUGCGUGUUAGAAAAAUAUGUAAGCUACUACGAGCAGCAAGUCAAAAGUUUUCUUGUCA